CCGUUACGGCCGUUGGCAGCGCCAAACCCUCGGCCGUGCCGUUCCCCCGGCCCUCACCUUUAUUUUGUCGCUUUCUUCUUGUGCCCAAACCCCAAUCAUCAAAACUUUGAGAGGCUGGAACUUUCAAGCCUCGCCCCUUGAGAGCUCUCUUGGGCAGUGGUCUUGCGAGAGCGAGGGGUUCGAUGACGAAAUCCACGAUUACUUCCACCGAGCUCAAUUACCUCGUCUUCCGGUACCUCCAGGAAUCAGGUUUCACACACUCAUCAUUUGCUUUAGGAUACGAGGCAGGGAUCAACAAAUGCGAUAUUGAUGGAAACAUUGUUCCACCAGGUGCUCUUGUGACAAUUGUACAAAAAGGCCUUCAAUAUAUAGAGUUGGAAGCAAACUUAGACUCUAGUGAGUUGGAUGUUGAUGAUGACUUUUCUCUGUUACAACCUUUGGAUCUUAUCACAAAAGAUGUCGAUGAGUUGCAACAAAUUAUAAGAGAGAAGAAGAAGGAAAAACUUCUAAAAGAACGUGAUAAAGAGAAAGAAAAGGAUAAGGAACAUGUUCAAGAACAUGAACGGCAACCUGGAGGUGAGAGGGAUAGAGAAAGACAGGAUAGAGACAAAGAUCAGGAGAGGAAUAAAGAAAAGAUGGAAAGGGAUAAAGAACAAGAGAGAGAAAAGGAAAAGCAACAUGCGGAGCGCAAAGAUAAGGCCAGACUUGAUGAAAAUGGGGGUUGUGGAGGGCCUGAACCAAUGGAUGUCACCCCUAGCUCACAAUCAGUACCUCAUGAGAUUUGUAGUUCUGAUGUAACCACUUUGGAAGGACACAGUUCUGAGGUCUUUGCUUGUGCAUGGAGCCCAGCAGGUUCUCUUCUAGCAUCUGGUUCUGGAGACUCGACAGCAAGAAUUUGGACAAUUCCAAAUGGCCCUUGUGGUUCCAGUAUGCAAGUUUCACCUCCAAAUGUAUAUGUUCUGAAACAUUUCAAGGGUAGAACUAAUGAAAAGAGCAAGGACGUUACAACCCUAGAUUGGAAUGGAGAAGGUACACUACUUGCAACAGGUUCCUAUGAUGGGCAGGCAAGAAUAUGGAGUAGGGAUGGGGAAUUGAGGAAUACUUUAAUUAAACAUAAAGGACCAAUUUUCUCCCUGAAAUGGAAUAAGAAGGGUGAUUUUCUCCUUAGUGGAAGUGUAGAUAAAACUGCUAUUGUGUGGGAUACGAAAACAUGGGAGUGUAAGCAACAAUUUGAAUUUCACUCAGCUCCGACGCUUGAUGUUGAUUGGAGAAACAAUAAUUCUUUUGCAACAUGCUCAACAGACAAUAUGAUUUAUGUUUGUAAGAUUGGUGAGAAUCGUCCAAUUAAGGGUUUCUCUGGGCAUCAGGGUGAAGUUAAUGCCAUCAAAUGGGAUCCAACUGGUUCACUGUUGGCUUCAUGUUCUGAUGAUGGAACUGCUAAGAUUUGGAGUCUGAAGCAGGACAAAUGUCUGCACGACUUCAAGGAGCAUAGCAAGGAAAUAUAUACUAUUAGAUGGAGCCCCACAGGUCAGGGUACAAAUAACCCCAAUCAGCAAUUGGUGCUGGCAAGUGCAUCCUUUGACUCGACGAUAAAGCUAUGGGAUGUGGAGCUAGGACGCCUUCUGUACAGCUUAGAUGGUCACAGGCAACAGGUAUACUCUGUGGCAUUUAGUCCAAAUGGAGAGUAUUUGGCAAGUGGGUCCUUGGAUCAAUGCCUGCAUAUAUGGUCAGUGAGAGAAGGGAGGAUUCUGAAGACAUAUAGGGGAGGUGGUGGCAUUUUCGAAGUCUGUUGGAACAGGGAAGGCGACAAAAUUGCAGCCUGUUUCUCCAAUAACACAGUAUGUGUAAUGGAUUUCAGAAUGUAGGCGGCUGUUGGUAUCCUAGGAACAAUCUACUAAGAGGCUUGACUUAGGGUUUUCGAGGAUGGCAGAUCUAAGAAUAUGCCUUGUAAUUGCAUGUUGUUUCAUUUGUUACCCUUCAUUUUAACCUGAUCAUGUUAAUCAGUGUUGCACUCUGACUGAAGUAUGCAAAAUGCUUGAGAACUCCAUGUUUAAGGAAGAAAGUGUAUAUAAGAUUAUUCUUCAAGCUGGACUCAUGCUCUGGAUAUUUAUCUUUAACAUGAGUAGUACUGAUGAUUGGUUGGCUUUU